AUGUAUGGUGGUGGCUUACGUUUUUUUAGAAUACGGGGUUACAAAUUUGAUUCUCUAGGAGAAAGUCAAAGUUUGAGUGCAGAUGUUAUUGAAGAGUUAGAUAAGAUAAGUAUGGUUUCUUUAAAAACCAUAAAAAUUCCUGAUUAUAUAAGAAUAAAAUUAUAUAAUUUAUCAAAACAAUUUAUAAAAAAGAAAGAUUUAGAGAAAUUGGGACGUUAUAUGUCUAAAAAAAUAACUAGUAGAAAUUGUGUUGAGUUACCAAAAGUAUUACCAUCAAAAUUAUUAUGUUAUAAUGAAGAAGAAAGAAAUAAUAUCGAAAGAAUGUUAGAUAAGAAAUCAUAUAAAUUUUUAAAAACAUUUAUUACAGAAUAUAAAAAAAAAGUAAAAGAUAUAGAUCAAGUAUCUAUAAGUUAUUCUGAAGAUAUAAGACAUAAAAUAAAUAUAUCCUUUUUCCCUGAGGUAUCUAUAGCUUAUACAUUACAUACAUUUAAUGGUAAGUAUGCAGUAUUAUAUAGAAUUCUUAAAGAAAUUAAAUUACGUAUACCAAAUUUUUUACCUUUACAUAUUUUACAUGUUUCUGAAAUACCGGCAAUUGGUAUUAUAGCGUAUACUGAAAUUUUUGAACAUCCAUAUAAACAUAUUCUUUCUAUACAAGCUUCUGAACAUUUAUUAUCUAUAUCUAAAUAUUUAACAGAUCACAUACCAAAUAUACAACAUCAAAUAAAUUUAUAUGAACAUACACAAUCUUCAUAUGACUUGAUAAUUUUAUCUCAUAUGCUUCUUUCAUUAUAUGAUCAUAAUUCAAGAAAUAUUUUUAUUAAAAACUUAUGGAAUAAACUAUCCAAAGGUGGUAUUAUAAUUAUUGUAGAAAAUGGUACACCCACAGGCUUUCGUAUGUUACAUGCUAUAAGAGAAAUGUUUAUAUGUGAUUUAAAAUAUGAUAAAUUUCAUAUUGUCGCACCAUGUCCACAUGAAAGUAUAUGCCCUUUGGCUCUCACAGGAAAAGACUGGUGUCAUUUUUCACAAAGAGUACAUAGGUUAUCUCAUCAUAUUUAUUGUAAAGGUAGUCGAGCUAAAAAUGUAGAAGAAGAAAAAUAUUCUUAUCUUGUUAUACGAAAAGAACAAGGACCACGUACCAAAUAUAUUAAUGAACAACAAACUUUAACACUUCAAGAAAAAUCCUUUUUCUGGCCCAGAGUUGUUAUGCCUACUAUAAAAGCAGCAAAACAUGUACUCAUAGAUGUAUGCUCUUAUCCCCAUAAUUUUCAAAGGCUUGUUGUUACAAAAAGUUCCCCCCUAAUAACAAACCUCAAAACAAAAACGGGCCACAUAUUAAAAGGAUAUGGAUAUAAAAAUGCAAGAAAAUUAUUAUGGGGAGACCUAUGGAGAUUUACUAAAAGAGUAACACGACCCGACGCACGCUUAUAUACUCCAGAACAAACAAAGCAGCACUUAUAUCGUUUAUAUAAAAAAAUGAACAAAAAAAAAAAUUCUCAUUCUUUAGUAGACAACAAGACUAAGGAAUAUUUCGAUUCACGUUCCAUACAGUAUUA